GAAGUGGCAAAGAUUACGCUUUAAAGAGGUUAUUGUCUAAUGAAGAGGAGAAGAACAGAGCUAUCAUUCAAGAAGUUUGUUUUAUGAAAAAGCUUUCAGGUCAUCCUAAUAUUGUCCAGUUCUGCUCUGCUGCAUCAAUAGGAAAAGAAGAAUCUGAUACUGGGCAGGGCGAGUUUCUUCUGCUCACCGAGCUUUGUAAAGGGCAAUUGGUGGAAUUCUUAAAGAAAGUUGAAUCCAAAGGGCCCCUCUCGUGUGAUACAGUUUUGAAGAUAUUUUAUCAGACCUGCAGAGCAGUGCAACAUAUGCAUAAACAGAAACCACCUAUAAUUCAUAGAGAUUUAAAGGUGGAGAACAUGCUGAUUAGUAACCAAGGAACAAUUAAGCUGUGUGACUUUGGCAGUGCUACAACUAUAGCACAUUAUCCUGAUUACAGCUGGUCUGCCCAAAAGAGAGCAAUAGUUGAAGAGGAGAUUACAAGAAACACAACACCAAUGUAUAGGACUCCAGAAAUGAUAGACUUGUAUUCAAACUUUCCAAUCGGUGAAAAACAGGAUAUAUGGGCCUUGGGCUGUAUCCUGUAUUUAUUGUGCUUUAGGCAACAUCCAUUUGAAGAUGGGGCUAAGCUUCGCAUAGUCAAUGGGAAAUACUCUAUUCCUCAGAAUGACACUCGAUAUUCUGUGUUCCAUGAUCUCAUUCGUUCCACUUUGAAGGUGAACCCAGAGGAGAGGUUGUCAAUCACUGAACUUGUGAAUCAGCUGCAGGAGAUUGCGGCUGCCAGGAACGUGAAUCCUAAAUCUCCUAUCACAGAGCUCCUGGAACAAAAUGGAGGCUAUGGGAACAAUGCUGUGCCUAGAAUGUCUACAAGUUUGGUGCCACAGGGCUCCAAGCCUGCAGGACAGCUCAACAAUAUGUACAAUGCAGGCCUGACAGUUGCAGAACUUGACCAGUCUUACGGAGGGUUCUUUGAUAUUCUCAAAGGUGGAACAGAACGGUUUUUCACAAACAUCAAGGAUACUUCUUCUAAAGUGAUCCAGUCUGUGGCCAAUUAUGCAAAGGGAGAUUUGGAUAUAUCGUAUAUCACUUCCAGAAUUGCUGUGAUGUCCUUUCCAGCAGAAGGUGUAGAAUCUGCCAUCAAAAAUAACAUAGAAGAUGUGCGGUUAUUUUUAGACUCUAAACACCCUGGACACUAUGCUGUUUACAAUCUAUCUCCAAGAACAUACAGGUCUUCAAGAUUUCAUAAUAGGGUUUCGGAAUGUGGUUGGCCAGCAAGACGUGCACCAAAUCUUCAAAACCUUUACAGCAUUUGCAAGAACAUGCAUUUAUGGCUAAAGCAAGAUCACAAAAAAGUUUGCAUUGUACACUGCCUUGAUGGAAGAGCAGCGUCUGCUGUUGUAGUUUGCUCCUUUUUAUGUUUUUGCCGUCUCUUCACUACUGCGGAGGCUGCGGUUUAUAUGUUCAGUAUGAAACGCUGUCCACCUGGCAUUUGGCCUUCUCAUAAAAGGUAUAUAGAGUAUAUGUGUGACAUGAUGGCAGAAGAACCCAUUAUUCCUCACAGCAAGCCAAUCCUUAUCAAAUCAAUUAUCAUGACACCAGUUCCUCUGUUCAGCAAGCUGCGAAAUGGCUGUAGGCCUUUUUGUGAAGUUUAUGUUGGGGAUGAAAGAGUGACCACUACCUCACAGGAAUAUGACAAAAUGAAGGACUUCAAAACUGAGGAUGGCAAAGCCGUAAUCCCAUUGGGUAUAACAGUCCAAGGUGAUGUUCUCAUUGUGAUCUAUCAUGCCAGGUCGACAUUAGGAGGCAGACUCCAAGCCAAGAUGGCUUCAAUGAAGAUGUUCCAGAUUCAGUUCCACACAGGUUUUGUGCCCCGGAAUGCCACCACAGUGAAAUUUGCUAAGUAUGAUCUGGAUGCUUGUGACAUUCAAGAGAAAUAUCCUGACUUAUUUCAAGUGAAUCUGGAAGUGGAGGUGGAGCCCAGAGACAGACCCUGUAGUGAACGAGCACCAUGGGAUAACUUGAACAUAAAGGGACUGAAUCCCAAGAUCCUUUUCUCCAGUCGGGAGGAACAACAAGAGAUUUUAUCGAAAUUUGGUAAACCUGAGCUGCCUAGACAGCCAGGUUCAACAGCACAGUACGAAGCAGAAGAGUCCAAAUCGGAACAGUCUCCCGAAAGCACACCCACAGAGCCGGACUCUCCACAGAGCAGCAGCACUGAUGCAAAUAACUUCUUCCAUACUCUGGAUUGGGAAGAAGGAAGAGAUCCAGAGCCUGGAGCAGAGGACCGCUUGUCCAAAGAUAAUCAUCCUGGACUGAUUGAUGACAGGGAUGAAAGUGACCCAUCAGAUGAAGAAUUUGCUGCAUUUCCUAGUGAAGGAAGAACAGACAUAGUUGAAGAAAAAGAAAAACCCAGUCCUCCAGAAGAAGAUGCAGAUAUAUUUUUUGAAGCUAAUUUUGAAACUCCAUCUGCCCAACCACAAGAACCUCAGUUGGAAGACCACGUAGAUUUAUUGGGACUAGACUCUGAUGUUCCCUCAGAGCAGAAUCAAACUGCCUCAGAGAUGAAGAGCUCAUCUAGCAACGCAGACUUACUGAACAAUUUGUUUGUGGGUAGCACGUCGCAGGUUUCAGAAGAGUCUACUGGGGACCUUCUAGGCGAAGGGGCAGACUUCUUUUUCAGCAGUCAACCUCAGCCUUCAGCCAGUAACCAGAGUACAUCUCCACCCACAACAUUGCCUUCUGCUGCUGAUCCGUUUGACCCAUUCACAAUGUCAUCAGGAUCUGAGAAGCCGACUCUGUCUGGUCCUGAUCUCUUUGGAGACUUUCUUAAUCCAAAUGCAACAUCUACAUCUAGUAUAUUUCCUUCCACACACAGCGCACCACCUCCUUCUUCCAGCUCAGACUUCUUACAUUUAGGAAAUUUGGCGCCAGACCUACCUAAAAUGACUUCCUCCGCAAGCCACCCAGAUCUUUUAAGCGGAUGGGAUUCUUGGGCAGAUUCCCCAGCUACAACCAACUUAGCAUCACAACAGCCGAAGAAGCCUGCACUUGAAGGCCAAGCUCUUACUACAGGAAGCCAGACAAGUGUGCCUUCAGGUCCUUCCAGUGGUGGAUUCCCAGCUGGUGGGUUUGGUCAGAAGUCAGCUCCAUCCCAGAAAGGAGGGAAUCAGUGGCAGACAAAGAAACCACAAAAUACAGGUACUUCGUGGCAGUCCCACACUCAACCACAGCAAGCUAAAUCCAGCACACAGAGUAAACCCAACUAUACCGUGAACUUCAGUGUUAUUGGAGGUCGAGAAGAGAGAGGUAUCCGAGCUCCAGGCUUUGGACAAAAGCCAAAAGUUUCAGAAAAUGAUUUUGAGGAUCUAUUAUCUAAUCAAGGAUUUUCAGCUAAAUCUGACAAAAAAGGAACCAAGACAAUUGCCGAGAUGAGAAAGCAAGAAAUGUCUAAAGACAUGGACCCCUUAAAAUUAAAGAUUCUAGAUUGGAUUGAAGGAAAAGAGAGAAAUAUAAGAGCAUUAAUAUCCACUCUUCACACUGUGCUCUGGGAAGGGGAGAACAAGUGGAAGCCAGUUGGCAUGGCAGACCUAGUUACCCCUGAACAAGUAAAGAAGUACUAUAGGAAGGCAGUACUUGUGGUUCAUCCAGAUAAGGCCACAGGACAGCCUUAUGAACAGUAUGCCAAAAUGAUCUUCAUGGAGUUGAGUGAUGCAUGGUCAGAGUUUGAAAACCAGGGAUCAAAAUCCCUUUUCUAAAACUUCAUCUGUACGGGAUUUUCAAAAUGUAUGUGCAGCAAAAUGGAGUGGAGUAUUGUUAGUCUGAAUUUCUUAUCUCUAGGAUUUAGGAAAGAUUUUUGCAUGAUUUCAGCACAGUUUGAAAUCAUACACUCAGAAGUGGGUGAUACAUUUUGUAAGAUGCAGAAUCCAAAACAUACACAGAUGCACUCAGAAAACAGCUGCUCAGUGCUUCAGAAUCUUAGCCUGAGAACAGAUCUUUCCAUUCCGGUUUAAAUAUGGUGAAAUAGAAAUAACUUUAAUGAUGUCCACUGAUUUUUGGCGUAAUGGUAUCAAAAGCGUAAGCCAUUCCAAAUCCACUGAUUUUUUUUAUUUUUCUUUAAAAGAAACACACAACCUCAAUUUGUACUUUAUAUUUUCAAUAGUUAUAUGAUUUGAUUUUGAUGUUUGGUGCCGUCGCCUUAUUCUAAGUGCUUUAGUUAUAUUAUCAGCAGUGAAUUUGCUCAGCAUAUCUUUUUGUUGAAUCUAUAAGAGGUGUACAUUUUCAUCUGUAUUUUGUGUAAUCAUUCAGAUAAUCAUUCUGUAAAUAAUUAAAAUAUUUUCUGACAAUACCUGUGUUCCUUACAAUGAAUUGACAGUUGCUUAGCCAAAAAGCUCCCAGUUAUGGGAA